GCUGUGGGAUGGCGAGACCGCGAGGAAGGCAACGCGAAUCUGGCUCAUAUUGCUGCGCAGCGCAGUAAUCCUGCGAUGCUUGAAGCGUUGGUCCAGCACGGUGUUGCUGGCAAGCUUUUCGCAGAGAAGAGAGGCUCUGUUGGUCCACCGCACUCUGGGGACGGCUUCACGCCGGCACACGACUGUGCCCAUUCUGGGUUUGAUUUCAUUUACGACAAUGACGGCUCGUCUUGGUACAAAGACCCGGCUAAAUGUGACCAUGUAUCUGCGCGUGCAGAGUGCUUGCGUGUUCUGCACAAGGGGCUCGUGCAGCAUUUCUCACCACUCUUGGCCACGCUGGCGUCUAGCUCUGGCACCGGGUUUGGUUUUGCACCUGCUGUGUCCGAUGCGAGUGCAGCUAUCAUAAAAUCGUGCGAGCUGCGGGAUCUGGACGCGUCAGAGCUAUCGCCAGCUGAGAUGACCGUUCUUCCGCAACUGAUGGACGUAUUUCUAGAUGUUGGCGGGCUCAAAGACAUAGAUCAGUUUUUCAACAAGGCUCCGCGCGCUGCUGUGAAUGCGCUCAACAAGAAAGUGAGACAGGUUGAGAUCCUAUUCUCGACGCCAAAGUAUCUUGGUCUACAGACUCGGGCAGCCUGGCUACGUGCUGCGAUGGAGGCAAUCAUCCCACCGGAAGAUGGAGAAGGAAUUGUGCUAGAAGUGGCGAACUGGGAAGCCCCGCUGCUGGGUGCCUGCGAGGCACUCGGCGUGGCGUCUGAAGAUGGACGGCUGACCACCGCGAGGCCAGCAAAGCUGCAGACCGUGCGCCAGGCCCGAUCGGCCAGAGAUGCUGCUGCUGGGGAUGGCCUUCGUCGCCAAUGGCUCGCUGCAGCGGCGUCUCAAUUGCUGGAGCCAGACCAUGGCCUGUUUGUGCUGUCGGCUGACGGCACCACUUUGGUACCCAACCCGCACUCUGGUUCGCUGGUGCCGGACCACCUGGCGCAAUUCGCGCUGUUGGGUCGCAUUCUCGGACUCGCGCUGCUUCAUGGCGAGCCUCUCUGCCCGGAGAUGGGCAGGCUCAAUCUCGCCUUCCUCGGCCUGCUCUUCGGGCGCAGCGUCGACGAGCAUGCCGGCGAGCUCCUCGACUACUUGGACCCGGCAGCGCGCAGGCAGAUGCACGAGCUCCAGAUGCUGGCCAAGGCUGGUGGUGACGUGGCCGACCUCUGUCUGACUUUCUCGUUGGCCGGCGAGCCUCUGCCAGCCUACCUGGCCCGGCCAGGCCGUCGCGCACAGCCGGCCGAGUCUGACAUGAAGCCCGGGGGCACGGAGACGCUCGUGGAGAACCACAGCUUGAACGAGUACGUCCGCCUCCGCUCGCUGUCGAUCGUGCGGAGCUUCAGCGAGCGCAUCGGCGCGCAGCUCGCCGCCGCCGCCGGGGGCCUUGCGGUGCUGCUGCCGCCGCUCCUCGCCGGGCAGGUCCGCGGGGCCUUCGCGCCCGACGAGCUGCGCCUGCUGCUUGGCGGGGCAGGCGAGAUCAACGACGCCGCGGUGGACGACUGGGAGGCCAACACGACGUACCAGGGCGGCCUCACGGCGCUCCGGGGCUUCGGCCCGGCGGACCGGGCCCGCGUCCUGGAGUUCGCGGUCGGCUCCGCGAGCGCUCCGCCGCUCGGCUUCGCGCGGCUGCCCGGCGGCAG